AUGGUAUCAAAAGCCACGCGAGCUGCUACUGCAGCAGCAAGAAGAGCGGCUGCACGCAUGCGUGCGGCCGCGGAAAGUGCCUCUCAUGCCUCAGCAGCAGGCGAAUUGUCGCCUGUUGUCGUGAAUCCUCCACGUGGUGAGUCACCACGUGCGACAGGUACAUCCGUUGCGUCUACAGCGGGUACCUCGAAUCGUAAUCAAGACAAGUCUGAGAUAGAGAUCAUCUAUUCUAGCGAGUCGGAUGCAUCAUCCGACUCGAAGGCGACUCCUCACGCCUCGGGAUAA